GAGAAAAGGGCGGGUCCUCCGGAAAGUGCGCGCGCAGGUGGGCUUGGAGGGCUUUCAUUUGUUUAUUUAUUUUUUCUCCCCCUUGGUUGGAGGUCGCCUGCGGCGCGGAAGGUGUAGUUGUUGGUGGCGCGCUUGUGAAUGAUAAACUCCUUACAAGAAGACUGGUAAAGAAGAGUUAUGGAAAAUAAAAGGCAGAGAGCCAGAGUCCAGGGUGGCUGGGCUAGCCAGGGUAAUAGCAGAAUGACUUCAUGUUCAGCCUCUAGAAAGUCCAAUGCUAGAAAUCCAACAUUUACCAAUUCAGCACCAUCCACAUUCCAAGGAGAGGCAGAGCUUUCAUCUAAAAGACAGUUUGUUUUUAAAGCACCUGAAGAGGUUGUAUGCAAAGUCCCAGAACCCAGAGUAAUAGAAAAACAGGGUCUAUAUGAGAUCAGCACAUUGCCCUCAGGAAUAUCAAAGAUUCACUUGAUUCCUGGCUUCAUUUCCUUGAGUGAAGCAGAUUGGAUGUUUGAUCAGCUGUUCCACGAAAUUCCAUGGAGGCAAAGAACACACGUUAGACAGGAUCGAUCUUAUGAUGAACCCAGACUCACAGCAUGGUAUGGAAAACUACCUUACAGCUAUUCCAGACUUGAAAUGCCAGCAAACCCUGAUUGGCACCCAUUACUGGCCAUGUUGAAGGAUCUUGUAGAAGAUUUCACCAAGAAUACUUUCAACUCCUUACUCUGUAACCUUUACCAAAAUGAAAAGAACAGUGUUGACUGGCAUAGCGAUGAUGAACCUACACUGGGGAAAAACCCCAUAAUUGCAUCGCUUAGCUUUGGUGCUACCCGGAUGUUUGAGAUGAGGAAGAAGCCUCUGCCUGAGGAUAACAAUGACUAUACUUACGUGCAAAGAGUUCACAUACCAUUGGAUCAUGGUACUUUGCUAAUGAUGGAAGGAGCUACUCAAGAAGACUGGCAGCACCGUGUUCCCAAGGAGUAUCAUUCUAGGGGACCACGUAUAAAUUUGACAUUCAGGACAAUAUAUCCAGAACCAGAGGCAACGCAUACAUGACUGAAAGAAAUGCAGAACUGUGCUUUUUCUGCUGAGCUCAGAGUUUAAUGCUGACUUGGAUGUGAUGACCUAGCCAGAUUCACCAUUUGAUUGCCAUCAUCUCAGGAGAGAAGAAAGACUGCUUGCAAAGAGAACGUACAACUUUUGCAUAUUUCCAUUGAGCAACGUAUUAUUUUCUUAGGCUGCUUGCUAAUAUGUAAUCCUGAUGAUAAAAUUAUUUGUUUAUUGUUUGAAACCAAUUGAAAUGCUGUAUGAAUUCAGAGUGCAAAUGUUAUCUGUAAUGGAGAACGGAAAGGAUUUUUCUUGAGGAGAAGGACUAAUAAUGGACUUCAGAAACCAUUCCAAUUUCAGAACUUAUAGCUGUAGUUGCCAUGUCCAUGACUAUUUCCUGCAGUGCUGAAGCAAUUUUGGAGAAAGGGGAAGCAGGGGAGAAAAUAUCUAAUAUAAUUAGCUAUAAUCCUUGUAAUUAGCUGUAAUGAUUUCAAUAGAAUCUUCUACCUAUACCAGUAAGAGAAUUGUAACUGAAGAUAGCACAAAGCGGUUUUAAAUAACUCAGUGCUAUUUAGUCCAGCAUUCUGUUGUGUUAGAUGAACUUCAGUAAUAUUUCAAAAUAUAUAUCUAGGAACCUUGGCCUCAUUUUUCAAGAGUCAGGGGCAUAUUUCUUCUCAAGAGUAGUUAUUCCUAAGAUAAGACAGGGAAGGAAUGACUACAUUCCUAGUUAUGAUUGCUCAGGAUCUUCAGCUGAAAAGCACUCCACCAGGAUAUAUGUAGCAAGAUCUCUGGAUAUAUUUGCAUCAGCAUAUUUUU